CUGGAGAGUAGUUCAGGAAAAGGGAGGGGGAUAGCAGUUAGCCAGAAUAGCUAGAAUAAAAUCUUAAAUAAACAGGCUCAUUGUUGAUCAAACAACGUGGGUCCUUGGGAGACCGCUAUCGGAGGCAUUCCGGUCGCCAUUGGGGACCAGGAGAGAGUCUUGGUGGCGUUUUAAGCUGUUCCUUCUUUCAAAGCGGCGUGCCGGGGGAGGACGCGUCUCUUUGAAUAGACAGGAUGCACGGACCGCCCUCCAGCGACAGCGCAUGCCCAUUGCGCCUCAUCAAGAGAGUGCAAUUCGGCAUCAUCAGUCCAGAUGAGCUUAAACGAAUGUCUGUCACUGAAGGUGGCAUUAAGUACUCCGAGACUACGGAAGGAGGCCGCCCAAAGCUUGGUGGUCUUAUGGAUCCAAGACAAGGGGUCAUAGAGCGGACGGGCAGGUGUCAGACAUGUGCAGGUAACAUGGCAGAGUGCCCUGGUCAUUUUGGCCACAUUGAGCUGGCAAAGCCGGUGUUUCAUGUUGGCUUCGUCAACAAAAUUAUGAAGGUUCUUCGCUGUGUCUGUUUCUUCUGCUCCAAGCUUCUAGUGGAUUCUAAUAACCCGAAGAUCAAGGACAUUCUGGGGAAGUCGAAGGGGCAGCCACGGAAGCGCCUGACCCACGUGUAUGACCUCUGUAAAGGCAAAAACAUUUGCGAAGGUGGUGAGGAGAUGGACAACAAGUUUGGAAUGGAACAGCAGGACCAUGAUGAGGACCUUACCAAGGAGAAGGGUCAUGGCGGCUGCGGGCGUUACCAGCCGAUCAUUCGGCGCACGGGCCUGGAGCUCUACGCCGAGUGGAAGCACGUGAACGAGGACUCGCAGGAGAAGAAGAUCCUACUCAGCCCUGAGCGUGUGCAUGAGAUCUUCAAGCGCAUCUCUGACGAGGAGGACAUCAUCUUGGGCAUGGACCCCAAGUUUGCCCGGCCCGAGUGGAUGAUUCUCACAGUGCUGCCCGUGCCCCCUCUCGCUGUCCGACCCGCUGUGGUCAUGCAGGGCUCUGCCCGAAAUCAGGAUGACUUGACUCACAAGCUGGCUGAUAUUGUGAAGAUCAACAACCAGCUGCGGAGAAACGAACAGAGUGGCGCGGCAGCACACGUCAUCGCUGAGGACGUGAAGCUCCUGCAGUUCCACGUGGCCACCAUGGUGGACAACGAGCUCCCUGGUCUGCCCAGAGCGAUGCAGAAAUCAGGCCGUCCACUCAAGUCCCUCAAACAGCGUCUGAAGGGGAAGGAGGGUCGCGUCCGUGGUAACCUGAUGGGUAAGCGAGUUGACUUCUCAGCCCGAACGGUCAUCACGCCCGACCCCAACCUACAGAUCGACCAAGUGGGUGUGCCUCGCUCCAUUGCCGCCAACAUGACCUUCCCUGAAAUCGUCACACCCUUCAAUAUCGACAGACUUCAAGAGCUUGUGAGCAGAGGGAACAGCCAGUACCCCGGAGCCAAAUACAUCAUCCGUGACAAUGGCGACCGCAUUGAUCUGCGAUUCCACCCCAAACCAAGUGACCUUCAUCUCCAGAUUGGUUACAAGGUUGAACGACACAUGUGCGAUGGUGACAUCAUCAUCUUCAACAGACAGCCUACGCUGCAUAAAAUGUCUAUGAUGGGGCAUCGAGUGCGAAUCCUUCCAUGGUCCACCUUCCGUCUGAACCUCAGUGUGACGACCCCCUACAACGCUGACUUUGAUGGGGACGAGAUGAACUUGCAUCUCCCCCAGUCUCUGGAGACGAGAGCGGAGAUCCAGGAGCUGGCCAUGGUGCCUCGUAUGAUCGUCACCCCCCAGUCCAACAGGCCCGUCAUGGGUAUCGUGCAGGACACACUUACCGCCGUGCGCAAAUUCACAAAGAGAGACGUCUUCUUAGACAGGGGCGAGGUGAUGAACCUGUUGAUGUUCCUCUCCACGUGGGACGGCAAGGUGCCCCAGCCGGCCAUCCUGAAGCCCAGGCCGUUUUGGACGGGCAAGCAGAUCUUCAGUCUCAUCAUCCCCGGCCACAUCAACGUCAUCCGUACCCACAGUACUCACCCCGACGAGGAGGACAGUGGCCCCUACAAGCACAUCUCCCCCGGAGACACAAAGGUGAUUGUGGAGAACGGUGAGCUGAUCAUGGGCAUCCUGUGUAAGAAGUCCCUGGGAACAUCCGCUGGCUCGCUGGUCCACAUCUCCUACCUGGAGAUGGGCCACGACGUCACCCGCCUCUUCUACUCCAACAUUCAGACGGUGGUUAACAACUGGCUGCUCAUUGAGGGUCACUCCAUCGGUAUUGGUGACUCCAUUGCUGACGCAAAGACUUACUUGGACAUUCAGAACACCAUCAAAAAGGCCAAACAGGAUGUGAUAGAGGUGAUUGAGAAGGCCCACAACAACGAGCUGGAGCCGACCCCAGGUAACACGCUCAGGCAGACCUUUGAGAACCAGGUGAACCGCAUCCUGAACGACGCUCGAGACAAAACCGGAUCGUCCGCCCAGAAGUCCCUCUCAGAGUACAACAAUUUCAAGUCCAUGGUGGUGGCUGGGUCCAAAGGAUCCAAAAUUAACAUCUCACAGGUUAUUGCUGUGGUGGGGCAGCAGAACGUGGAGGGUAAGCGAAUCCCGUUCGGCUUCAAGCACCGGACACUGCCCCACUUCAUCAAAGACGACUACGGCCCUGAGAGUAGAGGCUUCGUGGAGAACUCUUACCUGGCCGGACUGACGCCCACCGAGUUCUUCUUCCACGCCAUGGGAGGCAGAGAGGGUCUUAUCGACACGGCUGUCAAGACUGCCGAGACGGGUUACAUCCAGCGUCGUCUGAUCAAGUCUAUGGAGUCUGUGAUGGUCAAAUACGACGCCACGGUGCGGAAUUCCAUCAACCAGGUGGUGCAGCUGCGUUAUGGAGAGGACGGCCUGGCGGGAGAGAGCGUGGAGUUCCAGAACCUGGCCACGCUCAAGCCCUCGCACAAGGCCUUCGAGAAGAAGUUCAGGUUUGACUACAGCAACGACCGAGCCCUCCGGCGCACCCUGCAGGAGGAUGUGGUGAAGGAUGUGCUGACCAACGCACACGUGCAGAGCGCCCUGGAGCGUGAGUUUGAGAAGAUGAAGGAAGACCGGGAGAUUCUGCGUGCCAUCUUCCCCACAGGGGACAGCAAGGUGGUGCUGCCAUGCAACUUGGCCAGAAUGAUCUGGAACGCCCAGAAGAUUUUCCGCAUUAACCCCCGGACCCCCACAGACCUCAACCCACUGCGGGUGAUUGAAGGUACCCAUGAGCUGAGUAAGAAGCUGGUGAUCGUGAACGGCGAAGACCCUCUGAGUCGGCAGGCGCAGCAGAACGCCACGCUGCUCUUCAACAUCCACCUGCGCUCCACGCUCUGCUCGCGCCGCAUGACCGAGGAGUUCCGCCUGAGCACCGAAGCCUUCGACUGGCUCCUCGGAGAGAUCGAAACCAAAUUCAACCAGUCUAUCGCCCACCCAGGCGAGAUGGUCGGCGCCCUGGCUGCCCAGUCCCUGGGAGAGCCCGCCACCCAGAUGACCCUGAACACUUUCCAUUACGCCGGUGUGUCGGCCAAGAACGUCACCCUGGGUGUGCCCCGUCUUAAGGAGUUGAUCAACAUCUCCAAGCGGCCCAAGACCCCCUCGCUCACAGUCUUCCUGGUGGGCCAAGCGGCACGUGACGCUGAGAGGGCCAAAGACAUCCUGUGUCGCCUGGAGCACACCACACUACGCAAGGUGACAGCCAACACUGCCAUCUACUACGACCCCAAUCCUCAAAACACAGUGGUGACUGAGGACCAGGAGUGGGUGAAUGUCUACUAUGAGAUGCCGGACUUUGACGUGACCCGCAUUUCGCCCUGGUUGCUCCGCAUUGAGCUGGACCGCAAACACAUGACUGACCGCAAACUGACCAUGGAGCAGAUCGCUGAGAAGAUCAACGCUGGGUUUGGUGACGAUCUGAACUGUAUCUUCAAUGACGACAACGCUGAGAAGCUGGUGUUGCGAAUCCGUAUCAUGAACAGCGACGAGAACAAGUUCCAAGAGGAUGAAGAGGUGGUGGAUAAGAUGGAUGACGACGUGUUCCUGAGGUGCAUCGAGUCCAACAUGCUGACAGACAUGACCCUGCAGGGUAUUGAGCAGAUCAGCAAGGUCUACAUGCAUCUUCCUCAGACGGACAAUAAGAAGCGCAUCAUCAUCACGGAGGACGGCGAGUUCAAGGCCCUGCAGGAGUGGAUCCUGGAGACGGACGGCGUGGCUCUCAUGCGCGUCCUGAGCGACAAGGACGUCGACCCCGUUAGGACCACCUCCAACGACAUUGUGGAGAUCUUUACCGUGUUGGGUAUUGAGGCUGUGCGGAAGGCUCUGGAGAGGGAGUUGUACCAUGUGAUCUCCUUUGACGGUUCCUAUGUCAACUACCGCCAUCUGGCCCUGCUUUGUGACACCAUGACCUGCAGAGGUCACUUGAUGGCCAUCACCCGUCACGGCAUCAACCGACAGGACACCGGUCCACUCAUGAAGUGCUCCUUUGAAGAGACGGUGGAUGUGCUGAUGGAGGCCUCGUCUCACGGCGAGUGCGACCCCAUGAAGGGUGUGUCGGAGAACAUCAUGCUUGGCCAGCUGGCCCCUGCCGGCACCGGCUGCUUCGACCUGCUGCUGGACGCCGAGAAGUGCAAGUACGGCAUGGAGAUCCCCACCAACAUCCCUGGCAUUAGCGUGCCUGGACCAACGGGCAUGUUCUAUGGCUCCGCCCCGAGCCCGAUGAGCGCCAUGUCUCCAGCCAUGACCCCCUGGAACAUGGGAGCCACCCCUGCUUAUGGUGCCUGGUCGCCCAGCGUCGGGAGUGGAAUGACCCCCGGAGCUGCAGGCUUCUCUCCCAGCGCGGCGUCCGACGCCAGCGGCUUCUCCCCGGGUUACUCCCCGGCCUGGUCCCCCACGCCAGGCUCUCCUGGAUCCCCGGGGCCUGCCAGCCCCUACAUCCCCUCACCAGGUGGCGCCAUGUCUCCAAAUUACUCUCCCACCUCCCCUGCCUACGAGCCUCGCUCUCCUGGUGGCUACACCCCGCAGAGCCCAGGCUACUCCCCGACAUCACCCUCCUACUCGCCCACUUCUCCAUCCUACUCCCCCACCAGCCCCAACUACAGCCCCACCUCCCCCUCCUACUCUCCCACCUCCCCCUCCUACUCUCCCACCUCCCCCUCUUACUCACCCACAUCACCCAGCUAUUCACCCACAUCUCCAUCUUAUUCCCCAACUUCUCCAUCCUACUCCCCAACAUCACCCUCUUACUCUCCCACGUCGCCCAGCUACAGUCCGACGUCGCCCAGCUACAGCCCGACGUCCCCCAGCUACAGUCCCACCUCUCCAUCCUACUUCGGGCCGACGCCUCCGAAGCAUUUCCCAUCGCCGCCUUUACUCGGGACGACGUCUCCAUCCUACUCCCCGACUUCACCCUCCUACUCGCCGACGUCCCCGAGCUACAGCCCGACGUCGCCCAACUACACCCCGACGUCGCCCAGCUACAGCCCCACCUCUCCUUCCUACAGCCCGACGUCUCCGAGCUACUCCCCCACCUCUCCGAACUACACCCCGACGUCCCCCAGCUACUCCCCCACCUCGCCCUCCUACUCACCGACCUCUCCAUCCUACUCCCCCUCCAGCCCACGGUACACCCCACAGUCCCCCACCUACACCCCGAGCUCACCCUCCUACAGCCCCAGCUCACCCUCCUACUCCCCGACUUCCCCCAAAUACACCCCCACCUCCCCCUCCUACAGUCCAAGUUCCCCGGAGUACACCCCGACGUCCCCCAAGUACUCCCCGACUUCUCCCAAAUACUCCCCGACCUCGCCCAAAUACAGCCCAACGUCCCCCACCUACUCCCCCACCACACCCAAAUACAGCCCCACCUCGCCGACUUACUCUCCCACGUCCCCAACCUACACCCCCACCAGCCCCAAGUACUCCCCCACUUCCCCAACCUACUCCCCGACCUCUCCCAAGUACUCCCCCACGUCUCCCACCUACUCGCCCACUAGCCCCAAGGGCUCCACCUACAGCCCGACGUCCCCCGGAUACAGCCCCACCUCCCCCACCUACAGCCUCACCAGCCCCGCCAUCAGCCCCGACGACAGCGAUGAGGAGAACAACUGAAGCCCGUCGGAGGACGGGAGCCCAGCCUGCGGCUCCCCCCACCCCAGCGAUUGGCCCUCAGACCCCGGGACAGAUGACUGAUGAAGGACUGCCCCUGCAGGGGAGGCAGUUGGGGUGUUG